ACUCUAGCGGCCACCUUUGAACAACAAGUGCACGCGUCGCGUCUCUCCGUGUUUUUCCUUUUUUUUUUAUAGUUAACUACACUACGCUCUCCUGGCAUUUCGCUCGUGUCGCGCGUGAUUAAAUUGGCAACAAAGAACAAAAAACAAACACAGUGUACGCGCAGCGUUAAGCAGCAACAAACACAACGAUCACUGAAAACAAAACACCCUGACAACAACAAUCAAAAUUACAAAGACAACGAAGAGGAAGCUAAAGGCAGGACCUUCGCAGCGAGAGCGAGACAGCAAAGGAUCGGGAGAGAGUGCGACUUGAUCAACGGGAUACAGGGUGACAUGUGGAGUCCGACGCACUGCAGUGUAACGGUGCAGCGAGCGCGUGGGCUGCUAACCAAGGGCAAGAAUGGCACCAACAACUGCUUCGUCACCAUUGCUUUGGGCAAGGAGAAGUACCAGACGUCCGUCAAGGACAAGGCGGAGACGAGCGUCAACUGGAACGAGGAGUGCGAACUGAAAAUCCCCGAUCAGGGCAAUCGCGCCGAGCUCACUUUGACCUGCCUGCACAGGAACAAUCUGGGCAUCGAUGAGUUCCUGGGCCAGGCCACGCUGCCCCUCAACGAGAUGGAUGUGUACGAUCGGCCACGCGCCAAGUGGUUCAAGCUGGAGAGCAAGCCCGGCAAGGAGAAGAAGAACAAGGAGCGCGGCGAGCUAGAGGUGCGCAUCGCCUUCGUGGUCAAGUCCGGCUCGCUAACCGACCUCAGCAAGAAGGACAAGCACAAGUCUUCCAUUGGCCAGCUGGCCAGCUCCGUGGGCGGCAGUCUGCUCUCCAUCGGCAACGGCGAGAAGCGGCGCAGCAUUAAGAAGCUGGCUGGCUCGCUUAGCUCCAAGCUGCACAUCCGCAGCAAGAAGAAGAACCAGGAGGCGGGCGCCGACGACAGCAGCUCCUUCGGCGGCUCCUUUGCCAGCCUGGGCACGCCCAACAGCUCCAACGGCAGAGGCCAGAAUGGCGGCAGUGGCCGGCGCCGAGGUGGCCAGCGGGCGGGCGAGGCCGAUCCCGGCGUGAUCAGCGAGGAUGAGGACGAGUUCGUGUUCGACAACCUCUCGCACAAGAGCUCCGGCAGCUCACUCAACAUCCAGCGCAGCGGCCUGCAGCCGCCGCCAGUCAGUACGCCCAACUUUGCUCCGCGUCACCCAUCGCCCCUGCUGAACAACGGAGUUAGUGGCGUCGGAAGCGGCAGCGCGAAAGGUAAGCAAGCGAUUUUGCCAGCGACGCUCGAUGAGGAUGAUGCGCCCAUCGACGCGGAGAUGGAACAGCUUGAGCUCGAUUUCAGUGUUCGUGCCCACGCUCGCACCAACGCCAACGCCAGCGCCAGUGGAAGUGCCAGCAUUCAGCCGCCUCCCUCGAAACCGCCGCGCAUCCCCCUGUCGCAGGUGGACGAGCAGCCGGCUGCCGGGAGUCUGGAGCGGGAAAAGCCAAAGGAGAAGCCAGCCGAGCUGGAGACCUCCAAGGACGAGUGGGCGUCAAAGUUGUAUGGCGGUGGAAAGUACCUGGAGAUCGGUAGCAGUGACUCUUUGAAGCGCCGCAGCUGGGAGGACCGAGUUCCACUUCCCGCCAGUGUCGAGGAGCCGCCACCAGUGCCCUCGCCCAGCUCGUCGUCUAGUUCCAGCUCUAGUUCGGACAGCGAUGACGACGACGAGAACCCACCGCAUUCAGCUCCCCCACCAGUACCCGUGCCGGCAUCUCUUCCAGUUCCAGCUGCAGCCGCUGCAUCUGUUUCUGCUGACCCAGUGGUGGCUACUUCAUCGUCACUCUUCUCUCCCGACGUUGAGCACCGCAACUUUGAUACCUUUAACGCCAGUUUCGCCAAGUACGAGCAGCGAAACAGCACUGCUAUUUUUGCAGAUGAGCCGGCGCUGGAAGACCUAACAGUGGAGCUGGAGAAGCCGGUGCCCACUCCCACAGCACGCCCCAAGCCGCAGCCACGUGCUGCGGCCGAUCUGAGGGCGGAGCAGGAGAAGGCAAAGGAAGAGGCUGCACGGCAACUGCGUGCCGAGGAGGAUGCCCGCUUGGAGGCGGAACUGCGUCUCAAUGAGGAGCGCCUGCGCGAGGAGGAGGAGGCUAUGCAGCGAGAGCUGGAGGAAGAGAAGGAGCGCCAAAAGCAGCUGCAGAUGGAUGAGCAGCAGCGGCGUGAGGCCAAGCGCUGGGAAGAGGACCAAAGGCUAUUGAGCUUUGCCAAGCGAUCCACAUCCCUCGAGGAGCCAGCCACAGAGAAGCAGGAGCUGAAGCUGGAGAGGGAACUCGUGGUCAAGCAGGAACCGGAGGUGGAAACGGCUGAGCCGGAGCACAAUUUCCUAACGCCCGAGCAGUCGCCCAAGGAGUUCCAGACGAAUGGCAGCGGCAGCGGGAGCGGGGAGCGCUGGGAAAAGCGACUGGGCAAAUUCAAAUACGCCAACAAGCGAGAUAAAUACAACAACGACAACGAUAGCAACUCGCCCAGUCCCAAGUCCACGGAGCGCAUCAUAAUUGGUCACGAGAAGUCGGGAUCGCAUGCGGAACGCCGCUCGGAGAUAUCCGCCCAGCUGGCCAAGAAAUACGAGGGCAAGUCCCGCGAGGAACUAAUGCUAAUUGCCAACGGAAUGGAGAACGAGGCUCUGCUGCAGCGGCAGCGCGUGAAGGAGCUGGAGGACUAUCUGGAUAACCUGCUGCUGCGCGUGAUGGAGACGCACCCGAAGAUCCUACAGAAUCCCUAUUCGCGCACCACGUCCGCCAAGAGGUACGGCACCUGGUCGUUCUGGUCAUCCUCUCGUUCGAGAGCCACGCCCACCCACUAACCAACUGCAUGACCCUGACCGCCGUUAUAAAAAUUACAUCAAUAUGAAUGACUUUCUAAAGUAAGUGCUGCGCAUGCUGCAAGUUGCAUUUAAGUAGACACUUAACCAACAAUCCCCAACAACAACAACAUCACCACAACCAACACCACAACCCCCAACUACUACAACAACAACAAGAACAACAACAACAACAACCAGAACUGCGAGACACGAGUAACAAGAACUUAGGCAUCGCCGCCCGAAAAGGAGGGGAGGAAACACUGAGGCGGGAUUGAACGGCUAAACAGCCAAACUGGCCGUCGCCAGCAACCGGUUCCCUUGUCCCAGAACAGCUGGAGAAGAUCUGGCGGAUGCUGCUCCGGAAGCCGUUGAAUCGAAACGAAUCGAAACACCAUGUUGCCUUUGCCACGAGCAGCGAAAUUCAAGUGCUUUCUAAAACGUAUUGCUAAGAGGGAGCUAAGUGUACACGUAAAACAAACAGCUAGGCUUAAGGAGUGCAAAAUCUUUAUUGAUAUUUUAUUGUGUGUAGCAUUCGUUCUUUUUUCGUUUACAAGCCCUCCCCCCACACCCUUCCACACACACACCCGAACUAAAUUAAUUGUACUAUAUGAUUCUAUGUUUAUAUUGGCAAUUGAUGCGAUUUGCCCCGAUGCGAGUCCCUUGUCAAUUGAUUGAAAUUAUCCGAAAGUAUUGUGUUUGUUUUUUUUUUGUAUGUCCCAUUUUUUGUAGUGUUGUGCAAGACAAGAGUUUGAGAAGUUUUUGUAAAGUGCUGCAUGGGAAGUGGCCUUAGUGGAUUAAGUCUUAAAUUAUUUAUGUUUUAGCAGUUAAGCGAAGAGGGGGGAAAAGGGGGACCCACCCACGUAUGUCCCCCGCGAAAAAAACACCACACACAGUUGAAAUAUGUUGAUAAUACAAUGAUUUUACUUAUUGAUAUACACGCAAACAAAAUAAAAACAUUUUUAACAUUAAUAACA